UUGACCGAGCAAGACAAACUUUGAGUUUUUGACCCAAUACCAAAGAAAUUAGCUGAACAUCUCAAUUAUUUCGUAUUAAAUAAAAUACUAUAGAUGGCUUACUUGUCAGUUGAAUUUUCCACCUCGUUAACGUUUUAUAUACACUCUACUAUAGUAUAUCAAGAUUUAUAUAUAUGAAACUGUCAUGUCUUUGAAUAUUACGAAAGAGUAUGUUUUUAAGUUCAAAACGGUGACGCAAGCGUGCGUUUGACUCUGUCUUUAAAACCACCUCUCCUCACUUCCUUCCACACCUUUCACUUACCAAUACCAUCAUCAUCCUUUGUCUCUAAACCAAUGGGGAGAGAUGAAACAGAGACGUACAUUACGGUGCCUAGCUUGUUCCGGUGUCCUAUAUCUCUCGACGUGAUGAGAUCUCCCGUUAGUCUCUGCACGGGCGUUACCUACGACCGUGCAAGUAUCCAGAGGUGGCUCGACGGUGGCAACAACACGUGUCCCGCCACUAUGCAGAUUCUCCGGACAAAAGAUUUCGUCCCUAACCUCACUCUUCAACGGCUUAUCAAAGCCUGGUCCGAUUCCGUCGGCCGCCGCGCCGGUGUCUCUCCGCCUCGAGGGAUUUUAACGGUGGAGGAAGUGACUGAGUCGUUGAGGAGGCUGUCUCUCGAGAAAGACGACGAGAUACGUCUGGAGAAUCUCUCGAGAAUCGUUCGGUUCGCGAAAGACUCUGAGGCGAACAGAGAGUUUCUCUGGAAGAGAAAGGAUUUCGCGCCAAUGCUGGUCCACAUCAUCGCCGCCGUGGACGGCGGCACGCGCGCCACGGCGAAGAUCAAGCUAGGCCUUCUGGCUAUUAUGAUUUUGGAUACUAUCAUCAAGGGAGGGAAGGAGAGAGAUCGUGAACGUUUAUCGAAGCUGAUGUUAACGGACGUUGGCGGUUGCUUAACGGCGCUUCUCCUAGCGAUUCGGCGCGGGAAUCUGGAGACGAAAAUCGAGUCCGUUAGGGUCUUGGAGAUGAUCUCGUUUGACCAGAAGUCGAAAGAGAUCAUCUCAGAACGUGAGGGGAUCGUACCGGAGCUGAUCAAAUCAAUCAGCUCCGAGACGGAUCCUUCCUUGAUGGAAGCGAGUUUAUCAUUUUUAAUCACGAUCUCAGCCUCGAAACGAGUGAGAUCGAAGCUAGUAGCUGAGAAAACGAUCACGAAGAUCAAAGACAUUCUCCUCACGGAGACAACGAGCGUCGCCGUGACGGAGAAGUCGCUGAAACUGUUGGAGACACUGUCGUCAAACCGAGAAGGUAGGUCGGAGAUUUGCGGCGGAGACGGAUGGAGGUGCCUGGAAGGAGUGGUGAGGAAGCUGUUGAAAGUUUCGGCGACUGCGACGGAGCACGCCGUGACGAUUUUGUGGUGUUUGUGCUACGUGUUCAGGGAGGAUAAGAGGGCGAAGGAGACGGUGGUGAGAUGUAACGGCGUGACGAAGCUUUUAGUGGUGAUUCAGAGCAGCUGCUCGCCGGUGGUGAGACAGAUGGCGAAGGAUUUGAUAAAGGUUUUGAAGGUGAAUACAUCUGCUUCUGUUUUGUCUGCUUACGAGACGAACACCACUCAUAUUACGCCGUUUUGAUUUUUAUAAAUGUUAUACACUAUUUUGAACGUAAAUAUUGUAAAUCAUGAGAAUUGUUUUUGCUAGUGUGAUCAGUUUUGCUAAUGUGUAUCGUAUGUGUUCAGAUAUCUAACAGUAAAAUGGUUAAUAGAUAUCGUAUGCUUGAAA